AUAUCUACUCUUCUUUCGCAGAUAACCAAGACUUGGCUUAAACAAGAUGGCGGCGUCACGUGAAAUACUUCCACAAAAUGGCGGACAUGGCAACGUCAGACUGCACCCGUAUUUCAUUGCGGUGCUACGGUGGUGUGCUUCGAGCUUAUGGAGGACGGUCACCGUUUUCCUGCAUCGAUUAGUCGCCGUCAGACUGCCGCAAAUCAAAGCGAAACCAGUCAAAACGAAGCUUAGGGUGCCGGGGACCGACCACCUGGACCCCGUGCCUCGCGUGGAGUGCGUGGUCCUGCACGAGCCGCCUUCUCCUACCCUCGACGUCAUCUUCGUCCAUGGGCUAUACGGAUCCUUAAGCAAUACUUGGCGUCAAGGCGAUUGGAAACCAACAUACAAAAGCGAACCGGAAUUAAAGACUCUGAUAAACCACACUUCGAAAACCCUCGAUAACGCAGACAAUGUUAAAAUGAAUAACGCUAACGCCGAUAACGUAACGGCUGAGAACGUUAACGGGAGCUUUAGAAGGAUUCUGCCUAACGAGGAAGCUCUGAUAACGGAGCGAUUUUACGACGAAUCAGAUCCGGGUGAGGGGGUCGAGGAUUACGACGCCCAAGCGAGAUUCGUUCAGGACCUGUUCAAGGGUCACUGCGGGGAGUGUGUGACGCGUGUUAACCGUAACGAUUGCGAAUGCGUUAAACCGCCUGAUCAGGGUAACGCCUGCGAAUGCUAUGGGGACAGUAGACCUUGUGACGCGGGCUGUGGGUGUCUCUGCGACGCUUGCUACUCCGAUUGUUGGCCCCGGGACUGGAUCAAGAUCGACUUCCCGGGGGCCAGAGUCAUAUCGGUUAACUACACGAGCGAUCCGUAUCUGUGGCGGCCGUUAUGGAUCCGAGAAAUAAAGAGACUGCGCCUACACGAGCGCGCCGAACAAAUGACCGCCCAACUUUUGGAGCUGGGGGUCGGGCGGAGACCCAUCGUGUGGGUCGGACAUUCCAAGGGGGGACUGUUUAUAAAACAGAUAUACUGUGAUGCUUAUGAAGCACACUUGAAGUUAAUUAAUGCCAAAAAUAAACAUAGUGCUAGUAAUAAUAAUAUCGAAUUUAAGACAUACAAUCAUUGUGAUGAUCAUAAUGGGCGGGAAGAGGGCGAAGGAUUUGUUGGGAAGCUAGAUUCAAUAGAGAUCCUAUGCGAGAAGGAUAAUGAUAAGCAUAUGGGAGAGGGCAGCGAGAUGUGUAGCGAGAAAUCGUAUACCAAACGGGAUAUUCUCGAAGACGGCGCGGGAUAUAAUGACUGCGAGCAUACGAAGACCGGUGGUGCGAAUGAAGAUAAUCGCUAUAACGAUGAUGCUGUAAUUUUGGAUGAAUUGUCAGCACGUGCUGGCCUGUGGACCAGCAGCUCCGGGUUCAUGUUUUAUUCGGUGCCGCACCGAGGGUCGCCGCUGGCGGACAUCAAGACCCCAAUAACAGCCAGGAGCAUCGAACUCCUGGAGAUCAGCCAAAACAGCCGGUCUACCUUGUCGCUGCAGUCCCGCUGGAUGUCAGCGGUGCGCAGCGGCAGCGCCACCGUCUGCAGCCUGGUGGAAACCCGGCGGACCCUCAUGUCCGUGCUCUGGCUCCGGAUCGUCAGCUUACAAUCGGCCGACGCGGGAGUGGGGUCUGUGGAGGGUGCUGGCGUGGACCAUCGCCAGGUCUGCAAGCCAUCCAGCCGCCGGUGUCCACUCUACACCAGACUCACCGCCCUCAUACACACAGCGACUCGCAAUAAAACAUACCAACAAUACUAUGUUGUAUUACUUUACCCCACUAAUCAAACCCUCGCAUUAUUUUCUUGUCUCAUUCAUCGAUAA